AUGUCGCCCCCCAGCCUCCUGCUAGCCGCGCUGCACCGCCUCCUAACGCCCUCGCAGCCCCCCGAACUCGACAUGGUCACCUUCUCCUCGCAGCUGUGCGCGGCCUCGCGCGCGCUCGAGACCUCUCUCCCGCCGCCGCUGCGUCUCUUCACGGACCCGUACGCGGAGCUUCUGGCGGGCCCGGAGGCCCUGUCGCGCGCCCGCGCGCGCAUGGUCAGCAUGCUACACCUGGCCAUCCCCGCGCGCCCGCGCAUCGCCAUCCGCACGCGCUACUUCGACGACUUUGCAAACUCGGCCCUCCACCGCUUCGCCCCCGGCAAGGCCCAGCUCGUCUCGCUCGCCGCGGGGCUGGAGACCCGCGCCUUUCGCCUGUGCGAGCUCAGCGAUCAGGUCGCGCUCUUCGAGGUCGACCGCCAGGAGGUCUUCGACAGGAAGGAGCGCCUGCUGGCGGACGUUCAACCCACGCCGCAGGUUAGGGCUGGGUCGAGAACUGUCGUCGACGCAGACUUGGCGGAGCCGGACUGGACUCGCAAGAUUGACGAGGCCGGCUUUGAUAGGGCCCUUCGGACCGUCUGGUUGCUGGAGGGCUUGCUGUACUAUUUGGACGAGGAGAGGGUCACCCAGCUUCUGCGCGAGGUGUGGGAAAUUUCCGCAGUGGGCUCAUGCGUUUGCUUCUCGGUCGUCACGGGCUUGGCCAAGCACUACAAGAAAUCAGACACGCUUGCCAAUUAUUUCAAGUCGGCCAUGCCCGAUCCGCAUGCUGUCUUGAGCGAGGCGGGCUGGUCUCUGGAUGCUGUCGAUCAGCUCGGCGGGCCAAAUGCAAACUAUGGAAGGUGGCAGACGUCGGAGACCAUCGGCCUGGACGACUGGAGGAGUACGCGGUCGACCAUUUAUGUGUCGGCCACAAAACGGAGAUAAGGGGAGGGCAGCGGGUUUUGUAGUUGAGCGAAGCAAGAUUAUGCGACGUGGAGUAGAGGUGGGGCGCGGCGUUGCGUCUGUAGAGCAGGGAUUCCGUUAAUGGCGUUGGUGAGAUAUGACUUCCCGCCGCCUCCGGCGGGUGAUUGUUGGCUUGGACGUGCGUUGCGUUGUACAUAAAGAAAGCAUUUGUAGAA